AUGGAAGGUGAACGGAACAGAUACAAGGUUUGGAUGGCUUUGGUAGCCUUGCUUGCACUCUUUGGGAUCAACUCGAUACGCCGACCGCUGAUGAUUGAGUCAUCAUCAUCAUCAUCAUCAUCAUCAUCUUGUAAGACGAAAGAGCGACAGGCUAUCCACCAGAAUAAAGAAGACACUUCAGAUCCGCCAGAAGUGUUGCUUAGUGUCCCCUUCUACGUCUACGAAGAAUGGUCUUGGUUGAACAGCUACUGGAUCAAGGAAAACGGGAACAACGAAACGGUUGAGCAUUGGAGCACCAAGACAUCGGACGAUGGCCACCCUUAUUACAACAAACAUGGCGACGACUUUUGGUUUCUCAGAAAUGCAAUGAAACAUCCCAUGCGCACAACCGAUAUCUCCACAGCCAAGCUUUUCUUUGUUCCAACGCUCUUGAAUCAGUUCGACUGGUCGCUGCGAAGAGGAAAGAGGAACAUAUGUUUCAACAAGGAUUGCUGCAAGUACGAUCUCAUCCAACGUACGCAACAAUAUCUCAAUGCUUCUGAAGCCUUCCGUUUGUACCCAGAACGUCACGUGAUUGUCAGAUCUUAUUUUACACCGACGUGGAAGAAUUGGGAUGUAAGAAAACAACCAUCGGAGGGGCUAGUCGAACUCAGGGAAAGCUAUCGAAGUUUCUUCUUUGAAAUGGUACCUAAGAUGCAGGCAAUUGUGUUUGAAGGAAAAGACUUCGCUGAUACAGCUACCCACCAAGUUCCCCGUCUUGGCCGCCAUAUUCUGCCAACCUAUUAUGUUGGUUCCCCUUGUCUCGGCUCGCCAUCCAACAAGAAGACUCUGGAUAUUGCCAUGAUUGCGACCAUGAAAGGCAUAUAUGAUGGCCGCAAAAACUUAUGUAGAUGGCUGAACGGAAACCCCAAUGUGAAAUCCAUAUGCGGAAAAGGAGAGCGCUGUCCAGCUUUGGCAGAUGCAAAGUUUGGAUUUCAUGUGGCGGGGGAUACGUUCGGGUCACAACGACUCAUGGAUGUUUUGCUGUCGGGGACGGUGCCAAUAUUCAGUCAUUUGGACCAGUAUACCAUCCAAGGCGAUUGGAUUGAUUGGGACCAGCUCUCAUACUACAUUCCGCUACACAAUGAUACGACAGCUUACAGCGAGGACCCAGUCACUCGGUUUUCAAUGACAAAUAAUUCUGUGGAAAAAGUCUUCAAUGAACGACUUCGGCGUGUCUUGGACGACGAAGAAGGCUACCGUAAACGACAAAAAGCAGUGAUUGAUCACCUCGAAUUCUUUGAUAUGAGAACAAUAUAUCCCUUUGAUACGUACAUGUACCUUUUCCAGGCGGAGCUGUAUCCAGAAACAAGACACACGCGGAGUCGAUGGAGUGCACUGAUAAUGCCGCCUCCUCUUUUCUCUAAUUCGCUAAAACAAAGUUAA